AUGAUGAAGGGCUUGCUUUUGAUCGGAGGCCUUCUGGCUUCGUCUGUCUCUGGACACAUUCAGAUGUCCAACCCGUACCCCAUCCGCAGCCCGUUGAACAAGGAUGCGAGCGGCCAGAAGGACUACUCGUACACAAACCCUCUGUCCACGGAUGGCUCUGAUUACCCUUGUAAAGGAUACACCAAUGACGAGUUUGUGUCCGUCGCGACCUAUAGUCCGGGAAGCUCCUACACCCUGGAGUUGGAGGGUAGUGCAACGCACGGUGGAGGAUCAUGCCAAAUCGCCCUGUCCUACGACAAUGGUGAAUCGUUCAAGGUCAUUCAUUCCAUGUUGGGUGGAUGUCCUAUCACCAAGUCGUACCAAUUCACGAUUCCCAGCGAUGCCCAGACUGGCGAGGCGCUUUUGGCAUGGAGUUGGUUCAACAAGAUUGGCAACCGCGAGAUGUACAUGAACUGCGCUCAGGUGACUAUCGGAGGCGGCUCCAACCGUGAGAUGACCUCUGGUCUCGUCCGCCGUGAUGCUUUCAGCAGCCUACCUGAACUGUUCCGCGCCAACACCGGUGGGCCCGCCCAGUGCAAGACCAUCGAGGGAGAGGAGGUCAACUUCCCAUUGCCCGGACCGUCCGUUGAAGGCUCUCUCACCGGAAAGGGAUACGAAUGCUCUGGAUCUGCUCCGUUCCUUGGCGAUGGCCAUGGCACCAACACUGCUUCUAGCCCGAGCUCCAAUUCCUCCUCCAGCGCGAUCGCUUCAAGCGCCAUGGUUCCCUCUUCCAGCGCCAGGCCCGCAGCCUCUUCAUCGGCUGCCAGCGUUCACGCCGUCCAGAGCUCUGCCGUUGCCAGUCCUGCCGCCAACAAAGUCGCCUCGACCUUCGGCACUCCCUCCAUGGCUCAGGCCCUUGAAACCACUGCUGCUGAGCCCGCUCGUCAGCUAGAGCCAGAGACGGCAGAGACCGACGAGGAAGAAUCCUGUGCCAAUGGCGCAAUUGUGUGUGAUGCGGACGGAAGUACGUGGUCCCUGUGCAGCAACGGCCGCGUGGUCCACAUGGGCAGCGUUGCCCCCGGCACGCAGUGUCGGCAUGGCGCCAUGCAGCCUGCCUCCUGA